UCCACAUGUACGAGAAAAGUCGUCUCUUAUCUUUAUGAGAAGUUUCUCCUCAGUUGCUAUUAACAACAAAUCAAACACACAUCUCGGCCACGUCCAGUGGGCUUUCUUUCACCACGGAAAGACAGAGAGAUCACACGAUGGCUCCGAAGAGGAAGAGAACAUCACCGGCAACGUCUUACCAGGUCUUCCUGAGCUUCAGAGGACCCGACACCCGCCAGGGAUUCACAGAUGUCCUUUACCAUGCUCUUGUAGAUGCCGGGAUUCGUGUAUUCAGAGACAAUGAGGAGAUCCGUAAAGGCAAGUAUAUCGGCGAGGAGAUCCUGAGAGCCAUCGAGGACUGCAGGAUCUUUGUGCCCAUCUUCUCCAGGACCUAUGCUUUCAGUAAGUGGUGCCUCAUUGAGCUCGCAACAAUGGUGGAGUCCAAGGAGAAAUCAAGCGGCGGUAAAAAGAUCCUGCCCAUUUUCUAUGAUGCGAGCGUCGAUGAUGUCAAGCUUGAGACGGAGUUGUACGCUGAAGCUCUAUCAAUACACAGGGAGAAGUUCAGUCCCAACACAGUGCAGCAGUGGGAGAAGGCUCUUUGAGAAGCUGGAAAAAUCAAGGGAUGGGAACUGAAGGAUAAAGGUCAUGCAGAAUUUGCUAAGGAAUUCGUCAGGAAGGUUUCGGUGGAAUUGAAAGUGAAAAAAAAAUAUGUGACUGGGAGCCUAGUUGAGAGGAUUGAUGAGCAAGAUGCUAUUAUAAGCUUGUUGGAUCUAAAGUCCCCUCAUGAUGUUCGGUUGGUCUGUAUCCAUGGAAUGGGGGGUAUCGGUAAGACAACACUUGCCAGGGCUGUUUUCAACCAACUCUGUGAUCACUUCGAUGGCUGCUGCUUCCUUCUAGACGUAAGAGAAACAACCAAGUGCAAAGGUAUUGAACAUUUGCAGAGACAACUCUUGCAAGAUGUUGGUGUUAGAUCAGCAGACAUCACCGACGAGAAUGACGGGAUCUGGAUGAUCAGUGAAACAUUGCAGAACAGGAAAGUUUUAGUUGUUCUUGAUGAUGUAUAUGACCUGGAGCAAAUCGGGAAAUUAGCAGGAGAGGCUGGUUGGUUUGGAGAGGGAAGCAGGAUAAUCAUCACCUCCCGGAAUAAAAAGGUUCCUGUCUUUGAAGGAGGAAGAGUUGAGAUAUUUGAAGCAAAGCCAAUGAAAUUUGAAGAAUCUCUCUUCCUUUUCAGCAGGCAUGCCUUUGGGAAGGAGAAUCCACCUGAAGACUUCCGCGACCUUUCAGGGGAAGUCGUCAGAAUUACGGGAGGGCUUCCCUUGGCUCUUGAAGUAAUAGGUUCACAACUUCGGACAAGUUAUGAACAUCGUGACUGUGUCCAUUGGAAUCAUUUAAUUGGUACCUUACAGAAAAUACCAGCCAGGAAGGUCCAAGACAGGCUUAAGAUAAGUUAUGAUGCCUUAGACUGGGAAGCGAAGCAGGUAUUCCUGGAUAUCGCGUGUUUCUUCAGUAACAAGGACAAAACAAAAGCAAUUUACAUGUGGCAAUCAUGUGGCUUUGAACCAUAUUUGGCAGUGAAAGAGCUUGUCGAUGCGUCCCUAAUAAAACUCGCAGAUGACAACAAGUUCUCGAUGCAUGAUCAGCUGCGGGACCUUGGAAGGAAAAUUGUUCGUGAUGAGAGGUUAAAGGACCCCGGAAAGCCUUGCAGUAGAAUAUGGAUGCAUGAGGAUGCUCUAAAAGUGCUGCGGGAAGAAGAGGGCAAAGAAAAUGUUGAGAUGCUUAGUCUUUCAGACAAUGAACUCUCCAAAGAUUGUAUCCUUAUGAAACAAGAACUGAAGAGUUUCAAGAAUCUUAGAUUUCUCAGUCUCUGUGGAUCAAAUUUUUCGGGAGACCUUGAGCAUGCCCUCCCCAAGUUGGUAUGGCUUUCAUGGCAUUCUUGUCCUGAAGUAUUUCAGGGAACUAAUCUGUAUCUGAAGAAUCUGAUCGUGCUUGACCUCUCCAGAAGUCUCAUAAGCGAAACAUGGAAAGGAUGGUGCCAAAUCGGGAUGUGUAAGGAGUUGAAAGUUCUAGAUCUCACAAGUUGCCACCGCUUGACCAAGACGCCUGACCUAUCUGUGUGCACGAAAUUGGAAAGACUAAUACUUCAAGAUUGCAUGAAUCUGGUGGAAAUAGACAAUUCCGUGGGAACAUUGAAAUGCCUAAAGUACUUGAACGCCAGUGGCUGUCCUUAUCUCAGAGACAUUCCGGAAGAAAUAUGUUCUUUGGAUGGAGUGGAGGAGAUAGUCAUGGUAGCAAAAGGCAGCUCCCAAGAUAGGCUCAAGCUUCCAGACUCCAUCGGAAGACUCUCCAGGCUUAAGCACCUGUCUGUGAGUUUGGCAAGGAGUACACCUCCAAACUCACUUGGAUAUCUAAAAUCACUGACUAAGUUGGACCUGUCAUGGUCAAAGAUGGCCGAACUACCUAAGUCCAUUGGAGGACUGGUGAAACUUGAGUAUCUGUCCUUAUACUUCUGUAGAGAAAUAAAGGAGCUCCCAGAUUCGAUCAGGGAUCUGAAAUCGCUAGCCGAGCUGGAUAUUUCGAUGUCAGGAAUCACUCGACUGCCAUCUACAAUUGAGUAUCUGCAGGAGCUGAAAGUGCUCAAUAUGAGAGGUAGUGUUAUUGAAUUGAUUCCCAUACCCAUGACGCAGCUGAAGAAGUUGGAAAAGUUGGACAUCCAGCAUUGCUAUCAUCUACGAAAUAUCCCAUCCAGUAUUGCUUUUAUCUAUGGAUGGCCGAUCUGGGGGAUAUAGUUUCAGUGUCGCUUCGCCUGAAGACAAAGUUGAACGCUGGCCACUCUCUUUUAACAUAGAAGACUGCUUUGAUUGGGCAGCCGGCGUCAGCCACACGAACUCGGUAAGCUUGGACAACUUGGAGCAGCAGCUCACCGGUGGAACCAGAUGAAGCGGAAGCACAUGAUCUCAAAUCGCGAGUCCGCCUGGUGGUCGAGGAUGAGGAAGCAGAAGCACCUUGAGGUGAUGGCCAGUAAACUCAGUGUUGAGAACGGCAAGCAGGGGACAUCAAGGAUACGCUCUGCCAUACUAUGGAGGCUGAGAAUUCGGUACUCCAGGCCCAGGCCGCCGAGUUCACCCACCGACUCAAGGUCCUAAGCGUCAGCGUUUUCAACUCGGAGAUCUACUUCCCAAAUGACGGUGACCACAUCGGUGGCCUCAGUGACGUAUACUAGUGCUGGUGGCAGAUUAUGGUUUGUUGGAGGACUGAUACUGUUAGGUAUCAUGAUUAAGCUUUUCGUUUCCAUUGUCAGAGACAGAAAGCUUGAUUGGAGACCAUUAAUGGCAGCUCAUGGUAGAGAUGAUUUCUGGUCACAAUUUUUAUAUGGCUCAGCCUCCUCUUAUUAAAAGGAAAUGGUGGGAUCUUAUAGAACUUUGUUUUCAAUAAGCGAUCCUUUUGAAGUUUUUGAAAAUUAUAAUGAAUAUCUAAUUUCGACCUGCAA